GCUAAGCUGCAGUUUUACGCAGAGUCUCCAAUAGCUACUCCAUUUCCACGGCGCACAAUCACUACCACCGCCUCUUCAUCAUCAUCAUCUUCUCUCUUCUUCAAGCUAUCUCUCAUUGAACUCUACAGUUAUGUACUUGUAUAACGCAUUUACUUUCUUCUUCAUCUUUGAGUAGCUGCUUGGGAGCGACUGUCCAUGGUUUAGUAUUGAGGUGGUAGAGAAUUCUACUAUCCUAAGCGGUACAUUAGAAGCAAAGUUAGUGAAGAAGUUGAACAAGAAAUGUCUUCCAGUAGAAGAGGGCCAGAUCAGCAGCCGCAGAGGCGGAUUCUGCGGUCUCAGACUGUUGGAAACCUGGGAGAGACUAUGAUGGAUAGUGAGGUUGUUCCAUCAUCACUUGUUGAAAUUGCUCCAAUCCUUCGUGUUGCCAAUGAAGUCGAGCCCAUCAAUCCCAGGGUGGCUUAUCUUUGUCGAUUCUACGCCUUUGAGAAAGCCCACAAGUUGGAUCCAAAGUCAAGUGGACGUGGAGUCCGUCAAUUCAAAACAGCCCUUCUUCAACGUUUGGAAAGGGAAAAUGUGAUCACGUUAGCUGGAAGAACAAAAAGUGAUGCUCGUGAAAUGCAGAGUUUCUAUCAGCAUUACUACAGAAAAUAUAUCCAAGCUUUGCAGAAUGCUGCUGAGAAAGAAGAUCGUGCUAGACUUACCAAAGCGUACCAAACUGCUGCUGUACUGUUUGAAGUUUUGAAGGCUGUUAACUUGACUGAAUCUGUUGAAGUAGCUGAUGAGAUCCUGGAAGCACACACUAAGGUUGCAGAAAAGACAGAAAUAUAUGUUCACUACAAUAUACUUCCUCUUGAUCCUGAUAGUUCUAAUCAAGCAAUUAUGAGAUACCCCGAGAUCCAAGCUUCUGUUGCUGCACUCCGUAACACAAGAGGUCUGCCCUGGCCGAAGGAUCACAAGAAGAAAGUAGACGAAGACAUUUUAGAUUGGCUUCAGACUAUGUUUAAGUUUCAGAAACAUAAUGUGGCAAACCAAAGGGAACAUUUAAUUCUUUUGUUGGCAAAUGUACACAUUCGACAAUUUCCAAAGACUGAUCAGCAACCAAGGUUGGAUGACCGUGCACUUUCAGAGGUCAUGAAGAAACUUUUCAAGAAUUACAAAAAAUGGUGCAAGUACUUGGGUCGUAGAAGUAGUCUUUGGUUACCAAAUAUACAACAGGAAGUGCAACAGAGAAAAUUACUAUACAUGGGCCUGUAUCUUCUCAUUUGGGGUGAAGCUGCAAACUUGAGAUUUAUGCCAGAAUGUCUGUGCUAUAUAUAUCAUCAUAUGGCAUUCGAAUUGUAUGGUAUGCUUGCCGGAAAUGUGAGUCCCAUGACAGGUGAGAAUAUCAAGCCUGCAUAUGGAGAUGAAGAGGAGGCUUUCUUGAAUAAAUUAGUUACUCCCAUAUAUAACGUAAUUGCAAAGGAAACAAGGAGAUGUGAUGGAGGAAAUUUGAAACAUUCACAAUGGAGGAACUAUGAUGAUUUAAAUGAAUAUUUCUGGUCCAUCAACUGUUUCCGCUUAGGUUGGCCCAUGCGAGCCGAUGCUGAUUUUUUUCAUGUACCUCGUGAAUCAAAACAGGAGAUCAAACAAGUUUCUGGUGAUAAAUGGACUGGCAAAAUCAACUUUGUUGAGACACGCUCAUUUUGGCAUGUGUUUAGGAGUUUCGAUAGGAUGUGGAGCUUCUAUAUCUUGUGUUUGCAGGCAAUGAUCAUCAUCGCUUGGAUGGGAAAUGGGGAACUGGGUGCUAUAUUUCAGGGUGAUGUCUUCAAAAGUGUUUUGAGCAUCUUCAUAACUGCCGCAGUUUUAAAAUUUGCACAAGCUGUUGUUGAUCUUGUCAUGAGCUGGAAGACAAGGCAUACCAUGUCACUACAUGUACAACUAAGAUAUUUAUUGAAAGCCAUUGCAGCUGCAACCUGGGUGAUAAUUAUGCCCAUAGCUUAUGCAUAUAGUUGGAAUAGUCCCACUGGAUUUGCACAGACAAUCAGGAGUUGGUUUGGAAAUGGUCAAAGUUCACUUUCUUGGUUUGUUUUGUCAGUUCUAAUUUACUUAUCUCCAAACAUGCUCUCUGGGCUGUUAUUUCUAUUUCCCUUCAUCCGUGGGUACCUUGAAAGAUCCGAUUACAAGAUUAUAAGGCUUAUCAUGUGGUGGUCACAGCCUCGACUCUAUGUUGGAAGGGGGAUGCACGAGGAUGCAUUUUCUCUUUUCAAGUACACAAUGUAUUGGAUUCUUCUCAUUAUGGCAAAACUAGCAUUCAGUUACUAUGGAGAGAUAAAGCCUCUUGUUUCUCCCACAAAAGCUGUUAUGAAAGUUCACAUAACUAGUUAUCGAUGGCACGAGUUCUUCCCGCAAGCAAAAAGCAACAUUGGUGUUGUUAUUGCAUUGUGGGCUCCUGUUAUUCUUGUAUAUUUCAUGGACACUCAGAUAUGGUAUGCCAUUUUCUCCACAAUAUUUGGAGGCUUAUAUGGUGCAUUUCGCCGCCUUGGCGAGAUACGAACACUGGUUCUGUUGAGGUCUCGAUUUCAAUCUCUGCCUGGUGCGAUCAAUGCUUGCUUGAUUCCCACAGAAAAGAUUGAGCAGCCUAAGAAGGGAUUGAAAGCUACACUUACUGGAAAAGUUUAUGAGGUCCCUUCUAAUCAAGCAAAAGAGGCUGCUAGAUUUGCACAGCUGUGGAACAAAAUAAUUACUGGCUUCAAAGAUGAGGAUCUCAUAAAUAAUAGUGAAAUGAACCUGUUGCUUGUUCCACAUUCGGCUAAUCGUGAUUUAGAUCUCAUCCAAUGGCCACCCUUUUUACUUGCUAGCAAGCUUCCUAUAGCGUUGGACAUGGCUAAAGAUAGUGGUAAUGCAAGAGAUAACCAGCUGACAAAGAGAUUGAAUCAAGACAAUUAUAUGCUCUGUGCUGUUCAGGAGUGUUAUGCUUCAUGCAAAAGUAUCUUGAAUUCUUUAGUUUUGGGGGAACCUGAGAAACUUGUCUUAGAGGAGAUCUUUUCCAAAGUUGAUGGUCAUAUAUUAACCGAUGACCUGAUUACGGAAUUGAAAAUGAGUCAUUUGCCUAACCUCUAUGAUCAAUUUGUGCAACUCAUUAAAUAUCUGAGAGAAAAUAGGGCCGAGGAUAAAAAUGAAGUUGUAAUUGUGUUGCUUAACAUGGUAGAAGUUGUGACCCGUGACAUUAUGGAGGACACAGUGCCUGGUUUACAAGAAUCUACCCAUGGAACUUAUGGGGGGCAAGUGGGAAUGACACCUCUGGAUAAGCAAUAUAAGUUUUUUGAUCAUCUAAACUUCCCAGUUACUGAAGAAACAGAUGCUUGGAAAGAAAAAAUCAGAAGGCUUCAUCUAUUGCUUACAGUGAAGGAAUCUGCUAUGGAUGUACCAUCAAAUCUCGAGGCUAGAAGGCGACUUACAUUCUUUUCCAAUUCAUUGUUUAUGGACAUGCCCAUGGCACCAAAAGUUCGCAACAUGCUUUCGUUCUCUGUCCUCACUCCAUACUUCACAGAGGAUGUUCUUUUCUCCAUGGAUCAUUUGGAAGAACCAAAUGAAGACGGUGUUUCAAUACUAUUCUACUUACAGAAGAUUUUUCCUGACGAAUGGACAAAUUUUCUUGAACGGGUUCAAUGUAGUACUGAAGAUGAAUUGAAAUCCACAGCUGAGUUACAAGAACAACUUCGUCUGUGGGCAUCAUACAGAGGCCAGACAUUGACCAGAACUGUACGAGGUAUGAUGUAUUACCGCCAAGCUUUAGAGCUCCAAGCUUUCCUUGAUAUGGCAAAGGAUGAAGAACUGAUGAAAGGAUAUAAGGCUGCUGAAUCAAACACCAAUGAACACCUAAAGAAUGAUAGGUCACUGUUGGCACAGUGUCAAGCUGUUGCUGAUAUGAAGUUCACUUAUGUUGUUGCUUGCCAGCAAUAUGGCAUUCAGAAACGAGCUGGAGAUCCUCGUGCAAAAGAUAUUUUGAAACUCAUGACAACGUAUCCCUCUCUUCGUAUUGCAUAUGUUGAGGAGGAGGAAAUUGCAUCGAAAAAAGCAGAGAAGAACUAUUAUUCCGUUCUAGUGAAGGCUCUGCCAAAGUCGGCUGAUUCUUCUGAGUCAGAUCAAAGCCUAGAUCAGGUUAUUUAUAAGAUAAGGUUGCCUGGGCAGCCAAUAUUAGGUGAAGGGAAGCCAGAAAAUCAAAAUCAUGCUAUAAUUUUCACAAGAGGGGAAGGUUUGCAGACAAUAGAUAUGAACCAGGACAAUUAUAUGGAAGAAGCCUUCAAGAUGAGAAACCUGCUACAAGAAUUUCUUAUAAAACAUGGUGCGACAAAGCCUACUAUACUGGGUCUCAGGGAACAUAUAUUCACUGGAAGUGUUUCUUCUCUCGCGUGGUUCAUGUCGAAUCAAGAGAAUAGUUUUGUCACAAUUGGACAGAGAUUAUUGGCAAACCCAUUGAAGGUUCGGUUCCACUAUGGCCACCCUGACGUGUUCGAUAGACUAUUUCACCUGACUAGAGGAGGGGUUAGCAAGGCUUCCAAAGUCAUCAACUUGAGUGAAGACAUAUUUGCAGGUUUCAACUCGACACUCCGUGGUGGCAAUGUCACACAUCAUGAAUACAUACAAGUUGGGAAAGGACGUGAUGUGGGCCUUAACCAGAUCUCAUUGUUUGAAGCUAAGGUAGCCAACGGAAAUGGAGAACAGACAAUGAGUCGCGAUAUAUAUAGACUUGGUCACCGGUUUGAUUUCUUCCGAAUGCUAUCAUGUUACUUCACUACUGUUGGGUUCUAUUUCAGUACUAUGCUAACUGUACUUACGGUGUAUGUGUUCCUUUAUGGUCGUCUUUAUCUGGUUCUCAGUGGGCUUGAGGAGGCCUUGAGCAGCCGACCUGGUAUUCGUAAUAAUAAGGCUCUAGAAAUAGCUCUCGCUUCCCAAUCCUUUGUACAGAUUGGAUACCUUAUGGCAUUACCUAUGAUGAUGGAAAUAGGCCUCGAGAAGGGUUUCCGAAAUGCUUUCACUGAUUUUAUUCUAAUGCAGCUUCAAUUGGCACCUGUAUUCUUCACGUUUUCUUUAGGAACGAAAACUCACUAUUACGGAAGAACAUUGCUUCAUGGGGGUUCACAAUACAGAGGUACAGGUCGUGGCUUUGUCGUGUUUCAUGCCAAGUUUGCUGAUAAUUAUAGGAUGUAUUCACGAAGUCACUUUGUAAAGGGGAUCGAAUUAUUGAUGCUACUUAUAGUGUAUGAGAUAUUUGGUAAGUCGUAUAGAGGGGUAGUUCCGUAUAUAUUGAUAACUGUUUCGAUGUGGUUUAUGGUGGGAACGUGGCUAUUUGCUCCGUUUCUUUUCAAUCCUUCGGGUUUUGAGUGGCAAAAGAUUGUGGAUGAUUGGAAUGAUUGGAAUAAGUGGAUUAAUAACCGUGGAGGAAUUGGUGUUUCGGCUAAGAGAAGUUGGGAAUCUUGGUGGGAGACGGAACAGGAACAUUUGAGAUAUUCUGGGAAACUUGGUAUUUUAGCUGAGCUUUUGUUGUCGGUUCGAUUCUUCUUGUAUCAAUAUGGACUUGUUUAUCACCUGAAGGUUACAAAAGCAAAUCAAAGCAUUUUGGUUUAUGGAAUUUCGUGGCUUGUGAUUGCUGUUGUACUAUCUGUGAUGAAGAUUAUAUCUGUUGGAAGAAGAAGAUUUAGUGCCAACUUCCAGCUUGUGUUCCGUUUGAUCGAAGGGCUAAUUUUCUUAACAGCUGUUGCAACUCUGAUUUUACUAUUAACUCUUCUACAUAUGACAUUCAGGGAUAUAAUUGUAUGCUUUCUCGCCUUCAUGCCAACUGGAUGGGGAUUACUUCUGAUUGCACAGGCAUUGAAGCCCGUUGUUGUACGAAUGGGGAUAUGGGGAUCGGUGAGAACACUAGCUCGAGCUUACGAAGUAGUAAUGGGAUUGCUGUUAUUCACUCCGGUAGCAUUCUUGGCUUGGUUUCCGUUUGUUUCGGAAUUUCAGACAAGAAUGUUGUUCAACCAGGCGUUUAGCAGAGGUUUACAGAUUUCUCGUAUUCUGGGAGGGCAUAAGAAAGACAAAUCAAACAACAACAAGGAGUAAGUAAAAUUCCUAGCCUUGUAUGUUAUUUUUACUUUUUAUGUGUAUAUAUGGAAAUGGGAUUAAACUAUGUGAUUAAUAUUUAGAUGAAAAUUGGUGCAUCUAUUGAAAGUUUAUUUAUUUAUUUA